AAACUGCCCCUCCCUUUUUCUCCCCCAAAUGACUAUAUGAUUUAUCAGGAUACAGGAGCUGCUCUCAGGGUCACGUGUGCAAGCUCGGGAGGCAAUUCCCUGGGUAGCCGGUCAAGGGGGUGGGCACCGGGGCAGGCAUCUCUCCCCGAUGACUGAGAGGGGCUCCUUGCACAGCCCCUCCCGAGAGCUUGCCGUUCCCCGUCUCCCCACCUGCCUUUCCAUCCGCCUCCCCUGCACAGCCGCUGCUCUCAGCUUUCUAGAAGUUCCAGGUCCUUCAGUGGCUGGCCUCGUGUAUCUGCAGGGACUCCCUCUGGAUUUGGCCUCUGAGGUCCCUGUCAGCUGGCCGGAGGAACAGUGGAGGUGGCGUAGGGCAUUAUCCUGGCCACUUCCAGGCCAAGGCUCCUUCUAGAAUAGUGCUCAAUCCUGGGUGCCAGCCUUGGUGAGCCUGUCGUCUUCCUUUCCUCCUUCUAGAACAGUGCUCGACCCUGAGUGCCAGCCUGGGUGAGCCUGUCAUCUUCCUUUCCUCCUCUGGCUUACGCCUUUGGCAGGACGGCUUUUGGGCUUGAGGCCAGCAAUUCAGCAGGGUGGGCUCUGUGCCUGCUCUCGCCUCUCUUGGGGUCGGCCUGUUGGCCCAGCACUCUGCCAGGUUUGCGGCCUUUCCUAACCGACAUUGAUAACGUGGGUCUGCCUCCCAUGCCAUCUUGCAGUCAGUCAUCAGCAGAGGAGGCCCGAGCAGGAGGAGACAUGCACUCUGCCUGCAGUCGGCAGCAUGUCUUGCCCAACUUUUAUCUGGGGGGCUUUGAAGAGCCAGCCGGCACAGAGGCGGGGUGGCGACGCCGCAUCUGGAAAAUGCAUCAGUGUCGCUCUCGUUUAUUUUCCUCUCCUCCUCAAGCUCUUCCCACGGAGUGGGGCUCUCAGCGACACCUGGCAGACGGCUGGGCGAUGCUCGUUGUCAGUCUGGCAGGCACUGGUUUCCGGAGGGCUCCAAGCGCUCUGUGCGUAUCCGCAUUUGUUUGCGUGAUGCCCGGAGCACAGUUGGCGCCGGUCCCAGUUAAUGGAUGAAGAAACUGAGGCUCUGGGGAUUCGCACGGUGAACCGGGAGGCAGGGGCACGGCUGGCAGUGAACUCGGGUGUCCAGAACUGCGUUUUGUCUUGAAGAGAUGUGCAGGGUGCGUGUGUGUUAGGGAAUGCCUGAGGUCGCGUACGGAGGAGAACGAGGAUGAGAAGGAGCAAGGAUUGAAUGGGGGUGGGGUCCUCAGUAUCCACCUGCCCAAGAACAGUCCCUGCCUGGGGCCCUUUCUGCUCGGAGCUCCCUCCCGCGGGGAGGUCACAGGCAUUUUCUCCAAAGCGACCUCUUGGCCCAGGCCCCACAGCAAGGCCCGGCGCUCUACCUCAGCCCAGCAGACCCUGAUGGCUGCAUGGGGCCGGGUCGCAGGAGCCCUCCCCUCCUGCCGGUUCCCGGCUCCUCCCUCGGGCUGCUUUACGGCUGGCAUAUGGAAACUGUUUCUAUUUACCCAGCGCCGCCAGGAUGUCGCUGCACACUGCGCUCCAGCGGACCCAAGCCUCGGGUUCCCUGCAGGGCGGUUCAGAGGCUGCGUGCGAGGCGGCCAGCUGUUUGGCAGGGAGCGUCUGGGCCUGUUACAUCAGCGCGGAGGAGGCGGUGCCAUCUGUGCGGACAGCUCGUCCUGGUUGCCGGCCUGUCCUCUGUACGGGGCUGCUCUCCCGCUUUGAGUCAGAGUGUUUUGUUGCUCUUGUUUGGUUCUCCCGUGCCUGUCCCUCCGAUGGAGGCAGCUAUGCCAUCCGCGACUCCCAGGCCCCCAGUCUGAGCUCAGGGACCGAGAGCUCCCCCUCGAGCACCACCAGACACAACUGGGAGAUGAAUUAUCAAGAGGCAGCAAUCUACCUCCAGGAAGGCGAGAAUAACGACAAGUUCUUCACCCACCCCAAGGAUGCCAGAGCGCUGGCGGCCUACCUCUUCGCACACAACCACCUCUUCUACCUGAUGGAGCUGUCCACGGCCCUGCUCCUGCUGCUGCUCUCCCUGUGCGAGGCCCCAGCCGUCCCCGCGCUCCGGCUGGGCAUUUACGUCCACGCGACCCUGGAGCUGUUCGCCCUGAUGGUGGUGGUGUUCGAACUCUGCAUGAAGUUGCGGUGGCUGGGCCUCCAUACCUUCAUCCGGCACAAACGGACCAUGGUCAAGACCUCCGUGCUGGUGGUGCAGUUCAUCGAGGCCAUCGUGGUGUUGGUACGGCAGACGUCACACAUGCGGGUGACCCGGGCGCUGCGCUGCAUCUUUCUGGUGGACUGUCGGUACUGCGGCGGUGUCCGGCGGAACCUGCGGCAGAUCUUCCAGUCGCUGCCGCCCUUCAUGGACAUCCUCCUGCUGCUGCUCUUCUUCAUGAUCAUUUUCGCCAUCCUUGGUUUCUACUUGUUCUCCCCUAAUCCUUCAGAUCCUUACUUCAGCACCCUGGAGAACAGCAUCGUCAGUCUCUUCGUCCUUCUGACCACGGCCAACUUCCCAGAUGUGAUGAUGCCGUCCUACUCCCGGAACCCCUGGUCCUGUGUCUUCUUCAUCGUGUACCUCUCCAUCGAGCUGUACUUCAUCAUGAACCUGCUUCUGGCCGUGGUGUUCGACACCUUCAAUGACAUCGAGAAACGCAAGUUCAAGUCUUUGCUGCUGCAUAAGCGGACCGCUAUCCAGCAUGCCUACCGCCUGCUCGUCAGCCAGCGGAAGCCCGCUGGCAUCUCCUACAGGCAGUUUGAAGGCCUGAUGCGUUUCUACAAGCCCCGGAUGAGUGCCGGGGAGCGCUAUCUCACUUUCAAGGCGCUGAAUCAGAGCAACACACCUCUGCUCAGCCUCAAGGACUUUUAUGAUAUCUACGAAGUCGCUGCCUUGAAGUGGAAGGCCAAGAGCAACAGAGAGCACUGGUUCGAUGCGCUCCCUAGGACGGCCUUCCUCAUCUUCAAAGGAAUUAAUAUCCUUGUGAAGUCCAAGGCCUUCCAGUAUUUCAUGUACUUGGUGGUGGCAGUCAACGGGGUCUGGAUCCUCGUGGAGACCUUCAUGUUGAAAGGCGGGAACUUCUUCUCCAAGCACGUGCCCUGGAGUUACGUCGUCUUUCUGACUAUCUACGCCGUGGAGCUGUUCCUGAAAGUGGCUGGCCUGGGCCCCGUCGAGUACCUCUCCUCCGGAUGGAAUCUGUUCGACUUCUCCGUCACGGCGCUCGCCUUCCUGGGACUGCUGGCUCUGGCCUUCAACAUGGAGCCCUUUUACUUCAUAGUGGUCCUGCGGCCCCUGCAGCUGCUGAGGCUGUUUAAGUUGAAGAAGCGCUACCGUAACGUGCUGGACACCAUGUUCGAGCUGCUGCCCCGGAUGGCCAGCCUGGGCCUCACCCUGCUCAUCUUCUACUACUCGUUCGCCAUCGUGGGCAUGGAGUUCUUCUGUGGGAUCCUCUACCCCAACUGCUGCAAUACGAGUACAGUGGCAGACGCCUACCGCUGGCUCAGUCACACCCAGGGCAACAGCACCGCCGUGGAAGAGGGUUACUACUAUCUCAACAACUUUGACAACAUCCUCAACAGCUUUGUGACCUUGUUCGAACUCACAGUUGUCAACAACUGGUACAUCAUCAUGGAAGGCGUCACCUCUCAGACCUCCCACUGGAGCCGCCUCUACUUCAUGACCUUUUACAUUGUGACCAUGGUGGUGAUGACUAUCAUCGUCGCCUUCAUCCUUGAGGCCUUCGUCUUCCGAAUGAACUACAGCCGCAAGAACCAGGACUCGGAAGUGGACGGCGGCAUCACCCUUGAGAAGGAAAUCUCCCGAGACGAGCUGGUUGCUGUCCUGGAGCUCUACCGGGAGGCACGGGCAGCCACCUCGGACAUCACCCAGCUGCUCAAGAUCCUCUCCCAGAUAGAGCGGCACGAGCAAAAUGCUGUGGUGUUUCUGGGACGGAGAUCAAGGACCAAAAGCGAUCUGAGCCUGAAGAUGUACCAAGAGGAGAUUAAGGAGUGGUACGAGGAGCACGCCCGGAAGCAGGAGGAACAGCAGCCACAGCUGAGCGGCAGCGGCGGCCCCGCCACCCAGCAGCCCCCAGGCAGCCGCCUGCGCUCUCAGACCGUCACCUAACCUGCGCUCACAGAAGCCAUCUCUUCUAUGCAAUAACACAAUAGUAUUAUUUUACUACGAUGUAUCGAAAUAACGUGUGUGUAUAUAUAUACACGUUCAUAUAUAUGCACAUAUUUAUACAGAGAAAAAGGAAGAGACAGACAGACGAUGGGGUUUGGUUGUAACCACCUUGCCCCGUCUUCCUUAACCCCAGAAGUCAGCUUGGUUUGGGGGGGUCAGGCCAGUAGGAGUCUUCCUGACAUGGGAAGUUCCAGAAGGCCCCUCCACAAGAAGACCACUUGAAUAGAUUCCGCCCCUCUCUGCAGGGCCAGCCUUGAAGCGGCCAGCCCUCCCUGGGCCAGAUCCGCACCGUCUUGCCUGUGCCGCUUUCAGACCUGCAUCCCAGCUGACGGCUCCCCUGUGAGCGCUCCCUGCGGCCCGGGCCACGGGGUCUCCGUGUCUUGCUUUAGGGACAAAACCACUUAGGAAGGAAAGAAGCCCCUUCCUGGGGGCAGUAUUUAUAUGCAUAUGAUAGCGCACUAGAACAUCUCCUCAGGGAGCCAGAGCAUAGGCCUGAUCGGAGGAGUGACCAAGGGGUGCGAUUAUCCCGUGUGGUCAGAUCUCAGCGAGCCUGCGCUGGGCAGCGAGAUUGCGCUGACAGCUUCGUGUCCCGCCCUGCCAGCCUUCGCUCCCUCACUUUGGUUUCAGCCCUCGUGGCUGACGAUCUUCUGAAAUGGCCUCCUUUGGAAUUGGGGCCGGGCGGGAGGCACGCAGGCGAGAGGCUGGCCGAUGGCUGCCGCCCAGACCACAUCCUGGAAUGGGCUUUCUCCACUAAUCCCUUUUCCUUGGGUCAUCCUGCUCACGCAAAAAGACGAUUUGGUCAAUUUGGGAUUCUGCUAAAGACAAAGCAGGUCCUUCACCAGUGCAUUAGGUUCCGCUGUUGGGAGCGGGAGCAAAGAGCAGACGCUCACUGUGGGGUGUCACAGCCCUGUGGCUGACCGCUGUCGGUCCACGUGGUCAUCUCCCCCCUCACCUUGGGCAGUCGCCCUCCGUGGACUCGACUGAGGCAGGAGAGGGCACUCAGCUCACCCCAAGGUCCCACUGGCGGGAGUGGUUGGUACCUGAGGUCCCUUGGCACCUUGGGGAGUUCUCUGGGAUAGAGCAUUGUCCAGGCAGGACCCACAGUGAAUCCAGAGCAGGCCGUCAGGGCUGGUGGCCCUGGUGAGUGGCGUUGGUGGCAGCAGAGCAACGUCAGGGCAGAGGAGCUCUGGCUCGGCUCUCCUGGGUUGCAGACCCUGCAUGGUGUGUGGGGCAGAGUGGGAGGGGGAGCGGCCCCCACUGGGCAUCCUGGCCCAUCCCAGCUUUCUGCUGCCUCCCUGCCCCCCGGGACAGGAAGGUGGGCUAGCAGAGGCUCCCCCAGCCACAUCCUCCUCCCAGCAGGACAGGGCCUGAUCCCAGGGGUGCCGUCCCCCACUCCCCGCUCUGCACCCCUGGCUGUCCCCAAGGCCACACCUUCUUGGUGCAGCCCCCGGGACACUGCACAGCUCUGCCUGCACCAGGGAGAAGUGGGCAUUUCUGUUUGUAAAGCACAGCCCUUUGGGGGAAACAGUGAAUCACUGGGAUUCCCACAGGUGGGCAAUCAGGAGGUGACGUUGUCCUCUUUGUCUCUGGAGGGCCACCGGCAACUCAGGGCACCGAGCCCCAGGCUGGAACCCUGUCCCCUCUCCAGAGAAGGAACUUUAUCUGCAUAAUUGGGUGCCUUUAGCUUUUGUGUAUUGAAACGGGCAUUUUUGAAGCAGGAGUCAAGGGGCAGCCUUUAAAGGGGGCAUGAGUCCUCUGACCUGAGCGUCUGGGCCUCCUUCUAGUCCCUUCCCCUGUCCUCAGGAAGCUGAGCCCCCACCAUGUGACGGCUGGUGCCAGGAAGGGUGCAGCCCUCCAGCCCUGUCCUGAGAAAGGCCCUGGUUUCAGCCAGGACGGGACGAACGCAAAGCGGUAACAGUGCUGGUGGGCCAGACUUCAGCCAGCGGGGGUGCCCUUGUCACUGAGCUAAGGACAGCUGUCUCUCUGGGUCACCAUGACUGCCUCAAGUUGACGCUCAACCUUGCACAUAGGCCCUUCGAGCAGGGAGUGGGUGUCACCCAGGGCUGUGAGCUCUGAGGGACCCGGGACAUCUCCAGCUCAGAUGCCCUCUCACCUCCCGUGUCACAGCUGAGUGAGACCAAGGUGAGACUCGCCGACGUGCCCUGGGUCACCCAGCCUGUCGGUGGCCGUGAUGGCACUGUGCCCCUGCCCCGCUUUGGGGGGACGCCAUCUGGCCCCUCCUCCUCGCUUCCCUCCCCCAGCCCAGCCUUACUCCACACCACGCGACAAUCAUUUUGUACGGAUAGCGGGAGGAACGCUGUAAGGUUUUGUAAGUUGGUGAUUUCUUACCUAGAAAACCCACUGUGUCUCUGAUUUCUGGCAUAUUAAUAAAAGAGCCUCUGCUUUGUAAA